GUUUUGAUUACAGUGGAACAUUUCUCACCUAUACCCUGCCCCCUUACCAAAACCACACUCACCCCCUCCUCUUUUACCUUUAAAACCCAUGGUAAAGUUUGUAGGACAUUAUCCUGUUGAUAUCAGCAUUAUCUCGAGAAGAAGAGCAAUCUGCAGCUAUGCGUCAGUAUUGUCUUUGUCUUUUUAUUGGUCUUCUGGCUGUUGCAUUCCUCCAGUCCAGUGUAAUGGGCAACAAUGCCAAUUUACCAUCCGAAUGCUGUUUUGCUUUUUAUGGGAGAAAACUCCCCAUCACUAAAAUUGAUUCCUACAUGGAGACAAGAGCGGAAUGCUAACCUGGAGUCAUUUUUGUCACAAAGAAGGGUUAUCGUGUUUGCUUGAAUCCUCGGCUGAGCUGGGUGAAGAGUGCCAUAAAAGCAGUUGAUGAUCGUGAUCUUUAGUGAUGCUGCUGUGGUGAUGAUCUACAUGCUCGAAGGAACGCUUUUGUUUGUUUCUUAAGUCAGGUAUUAGCUCAGUAACCAUCUUCCUGUAAUGCUGUUAUUUUUUUCAUUGUUAUCAUGUGAGGCAUUAUGUUUUGAUGAGCUUCGUGUUUCUUUAACAUUCUGUUUUAAAUGCUAAACUAACUGUUUUAACUUUAAGUGUAACCUUUAAACAGACAACAAUCACCCUGUUCUUACCAGCAAUUCAGGGAUGAUUUAUGAUAGUCUUUUUUAUAUGUAGACUGAAGAAAGAAAUUUGCUUUUGUUUUAUUCUGUGUAAAAACAGUUGUCUUGUUCUUAAUUCUAAUAAAACACAAAAUGUCUUAUGAUGAA